UGUGUUUUUCUGUUUUGCUUUCAUAUAUAUACACAGACAUGCACACAUAUACACACAUAUUCAUACUCUGUUGGGGGAAGGAGAAGCAUCCUGGAUCUCGUGGCUUUUGCUGUCAGUACAACCUGGUCUGGUCCUGCUGGCUUUGGGGUAAGCCCAGCUGCCCUUCCAGGUACUUGGCCAGACCCCAGGGCUCCUGUUCAGACAAGCAGAGUUCUCAGCAGGACAGGACUGCCUCAGAUCCCACAGUGGGGAUCACAACCUCCAAAUCUUGCAGGCUUGGAGUAAGGAGGAAUUGUUCAGCCUCAACAAAUGAGCAUUGUGUGAUGUGGUUUUGCUCCAUCUGUCCACCAUGGUUUUUGUGAACCCUCUGAAGGUCAGGAAAACCUGGCUGGUCCUGGCUCUUAGCCUCUGGAUGAGGGGUGAGGGGUUGGGUGCACUGAUCAGUGAGGAGAGCCAGCACAGAGUGAGGAGGAGGAAGGGGACGAUGGCAGCGCUGGCUGUUUGUGGAGGACACCUCUCAUCGGAAGCGCCCUUCUCUACCCCUCGGGGUGUUCUCUCUGGAUGUCGGCAGCAGCAGGCACUAUGGGGUGAGUUUGUGACACUCCUGUAGGUCGUGCUUCCCUGUGGAUGAGCCCAGCAGGCUUUCCUCGAACAGACCUUACUCCACGUCUUGAUAUGGAAGUAAAGGUACAAAGUGAAGAGAAACAAAACGAAGAGGAAUAGGGAAGCUGCUGUGUUCAUUGAAACAGCUUGUGGUGGAUGGGGCUCCAGAUUUGCUUCUGCUUCCCGUUGGAGAGUUGAGCAAUGCGAGGACUGGAGCCGCGGGUAUUUCCCACUGUGGAGGAGGGAGUUCAGUGACCAGGGCUUGGGCUUAUGUCAUUAGCUUCCCUGGAAAUAACCCCCACUGCCUGCAGCGCACCCAGGCAGCAGUGCCGAGCCUGCCUCCUGCCGUUCUUGGAAAAGGCUCUUCUAGGAACGUCUGCCUGGCCUGGCCUUGCGCCAGUUGCGUUCAUGAGUCAAGCUUCGUGGUGGGGCUCUGCGCCACCCCUUCGUGGGCGUCGUUACACUCCGAGGUCGGGGCCAUCAGCAGCACCCUCACGGAUGCUGCCACCCCAACCCAGUGGUGGACAGGGGCUGUCCGUGGGUUUAUCCUGGGUUUAACACUUGGUGUAGACAACUGAGCGAGGGAAAGCUGGCCGGUUGGGGUGGGGAGGGGCGCCUCCUCAGGACUUCCCUGGCUCCUCACCUCCUUCACACUCGCUCUGGGCUCGCGGGUCUGGGUGUUGCCCUCCUGACCACACCCCCACGCCCACUCUCUUGUUUAGAGAUGUGGCAAGGCUGACUCCACAAUAUAAGACUUGGGUUUCAUCGUACGUGUGGUUUAGGACAUGCAGGAAUAAAAGCCAGAUAUACAGAGUUGUUCCCACUCUCAGGUUUCAGUAAAGGGAUUCACUUGUCAUUCACAUGUGGAGAUCUUGGUGAGCUCCACAGCACUGACCACGUACCCAAGACACCAAGCCCUGUCCGCCUGGAGGGGACUGCUGGCCCUCACGUCACUGGUGCCGCCGCAGUGUACUCAGAAGCCAUCUGUGGUUUGCUCACUGACUCAGGCGGUUGUCAUUCGUUUCUAGAUUCGCUUUUCCUUUUCUGGUUGCUAUCUUCUUCCCUGCCUGUCUUGUCUCAGAUGCAGCUCUCGCCGACCAGAAGGAGACCCACAAAGGACAGGCAAGAGCAUGGGCUGCAGGACAAGACAUUUCAAAGAGAGCAUUAAAUUCAUUCAUGAGUGCCGGCUCAGGGGCGAGGGCUGUCUUGUACACUGCCUGGCCGGCGUCUCCAGGAGCGUGACUCUGGUGAUUGCCUACAUCAUGACCGUCACCGACUUUGGCUGGGAAGACGCCCUGCACACGGUGCGUGCAGGGAGGUCCUGUGCCAACCCCAACCUGGGCUUCCAGAGACAGCUCCAGGACUUUGAGAAGCAUGAAGUGCACCAGUACCGGCAGUGGCUGAAGGAAGAAUAUGGAGAGAGCCCUUUGCGGGAUGCAGAAGAAGCCAGAAACAUCCUGGUCCAUCAGCGUGCAGCAGUGAGCCGACCCAUCCCCGAGCCCCCACGUCCACGCGGGAGGACUGAGGGCCACCUCAGGCACAGGGGGGAGGCCUGCCCCAGGGCCCCUGUGAAUUGCUGCUGCAGCCCAACCAGAGCCCAUCCACCUUUCCUGGCUUCAUGUAUCUUCUCGUGGCUUGGAUUUUUCAACUAUUAUCUAUUUCUUACAAUGUCGUUGACCUUAUUCUUGUCCCCUUUCACUCAAAUCCAUGCACUAUCUGAUAACCUUGUUCUGCUUCCUGGAUUUCUUCAUUCACUGCCUUUCUCACAAUUUAUGCUCAUUUCUCAGAAGACUUUGAUGUUGAUUAUUUGCUGCGAAACUAGCUCUGAACAAAGUUCACGGUACUGUUGUAACGGUUGCUUAAAGCCACUUUUCUUUUAGAGAUAUACAACUUCUGAUGCUGGACUCGCACACCUCUCUAGAAAAGACACGCACUAACACUGAACACUCUGAGUGACAAGCCCCGGGCCAGCACAUUGACGGCGAGGGCCCCACACAGACUCGUGACCCAGCUCUGAAGUGCCCUUGUUACUGUGGGGCACAGACAGUAUCCAGGUGUACUACAGAUCUGCUUUCGUUUACAACAUCUUUUCUUCAGGUUUUUUGGGGAAAAGUCUAGACUCUAGAUUUUCUGUCCAACAGCUUCUUUCUGAGAUUACCAAAAUGUGUUUGCCUCCCAAGAUAAAAGAAAUCUACAAUGUAAUUCAGAAAAUUACUUUUAUUUAGUCAAUUCUAUAAUGCUUUAUAAGUGUUUUCCAUUUAUAGAGCACCUUCAUAUAUAUUAAUUCAUUAUCUCAACAAGCCUAUGGGAUCACCAGCACCCACAUUUAGCUGCUGACUAGCAGAGCCAGAUCCAGAACUCAGGUCUGACUCAGUCUAGUGCUCUUUGCACUACACCAUGUUGGAAUCAAUGGACAGCAAACUCUUCAUGUGAGCAAAACAAAGAUAACCUGCCAAAAUAAUUUAGAAACAAAGGUUGAGGCAACUUUGUCAUAUGGCAUGGUUGGUUCUCAGUGGACUAAUUUAUGCAUUGAUAAAGUGGAAGUGAAUAGUAGAAGAGGCCACAGUUAACUAGUCUACAAAAGAAUGUUGUCUCCACAUGAUCUGAUAGCGUUUUUGAGGCUCAUAGACUUGAAUUGGUUGUGUCUGGAAUCCAGAACCUGAAGAAAUCUGGACAAGGCAGUGAGUGGCAUCUAGGUUAGGAAGGGCAGCAGACAGAGACGGAACCCUGCUAGAAGAGCCAAGAGCAACACAAGUGCAGAACAGAAGCCAGAGAGGCAAGGCGGGAGCUGCCUGGGAGAGGCUCUGAGGUGGGCCCAGAACUGAGCACACAGGGAGGAGGGCCGAUCUGGGUCAGGAUGGACUGUCCCGCAGCAAGCCCUCACCCAGAGGGAGUGCCCCUGUGCUCCUGAGGAUGUGCGCAGGGGUUGGAGGUGCUCCAUCUGUGGCGGUCACACGCUGAGGACACACUCUAAGAAACACCACUCUGGACUAAGGACAGCUGCUCGGCAGCCACGAGUCAAUGCACGUUGAAGACCAUAGAGUCGACCUCAUCUUGCCCAGAGGCAAGACUUGUUUUGCCCCAAAACUUAAAAUAAAAUUUUAAAAAGCUCUCAAGUCUGUGGAAAAGAAUUGAUUUUUUUAAAAGAAAAGUUUGAGUAGGAAAAGAAGCAAUGGGGCAAUGGAAAAGUAGUUAUGACAGCCAUUCUAAGGAGACAAGGAGUGGACCUUUAGAAAGACAGCCAUUGAGUGUGAUGGUGAGCAUGUCUCGGGCUUCUUUGCCAGCAAAAACCUACUCGAUGUCGAAUCAGCACCCCUACACUUUGGUUUCUAUAAGUUUAAAACUCAAAGGUUUGAAAGCAGAAAACCAUGACAUUCUUUGGAAGUAAAAGACAACAUGGUAUUUUGGAAAACGGCGAA